AGCACCACUCGGUGGCUCCAGCUUUCUCUUUUUGUGUACUCCGUCCGCUGUGUGUGUGCGGUGGCAACGUGCGACAGCCGCUGAUAGGCAGCAGAGAGAAGAGAGAGAUGACGAAGCAAGUGGUGGUGGUGGACACCGCGCUGGUGGCGCCAAGCGAGGAGACGCCGCGGCAGCCUCUGUGGCUGUCCAACCUCGACCUGGCCGUGCCGCGGACGCACACGCCGCUCGUCUACUACUACCCGGCACCGGCGCAGGGCGGCGCCGCCCUGGGCACGGGCUCCUUCGCGCCCGACCGGCUGAGGGCCGCGCUGGCCGUCGCUCUGGUGCCAUUCUACCCACUCGCCGGCCGGCUCGGUGUUGGCCCGGACGGCCGGCUGCAGAUCGAGUGCAACAGCAACGGCGCGCUCUUCGUCGUCGCCAACGCGGACCUCACCGGCGCCGACGUCUUUGACGACUACGAGCCGUCGGCGGAGGUCAGGAACACUUUUGUGCCGGUAGCGGACUCCGGCGAUGCGACCAGCAGCCCCAUGGCCAUGUUCCAGGUGACGUUCCUCAAGUGCGGCGGCGUGGUGCUCGGCACGGCCAUCCACCACGCGGCCAUGGACGGCGUCGGCGCGUUCCAGUUCAUGCAGACGUGGUCCGGGGUGGCACGCGGCCUCCAAGUCGCGGAGGCGUGCGGGCCGCAGGCGCCGUUCCACGACCGGACCCUGCUGCGGGCGCGGUGCCCGCCGUGCCCGACCUCGGACCACUUCGUCUACUCCCCGGGGUUCCUCAGCGGGCGGCCCCGGGCCUACGUGACCCGCGUGUACGCCGUCUCGCCGAAGCUCCUCGCCGACGUCAAGUCCCGCUGCGCGCCCGGCGUGUCCACCUACUGCGCCCUCACCGCGCACCUGUGGCGCUGCGUGUGCGUCGCGCGCGGGCUGGCGCCCGGGGCCGACACCCUGCUCGGCCUGCCAGCCAACGUCCGGCACCGCCUGCGGCCCCCGCUACCGCGCACCUUCUUCGGGAACGCCGUCGUGCGCGACCUCGUCACCGCCCCCGUCAGCACCGUCCUCGACAGCUCGCUCGGGUCCGUGGCGGAGACCAUCAAGAAGGCGGUGGACCGCGUCGACGACGCCUUCGCGCGGUCGGUGCUGGACUACCUGGAGCUGCAGCAGAAUAAUGCAGGCGGCGGCGGCCAGCAGGCCCAGGCGGCGCAGGCGCCCAGCAGGGAGCAGCUCGUGCCGGCGACGGAUCUGUGGGCGGUGAGCUGGCUGGGGAUGGCCAUGUACGACGCCGACUUCGGCACGGGCGCGCCCCGGUUCGUCGCGCCGGCGCAGAUGUUCGGCGUCGGCACGGCGUAUAUGACGCCGCGCGGUCCGGACAGGGACGACGGCAUCGCCGUGCUCAUCUCGCUGGAGCCCGAGUACUUGCCGAGCUUUGAGAAGGUCUUCUUCUAUAACGAGUGAGAUUCACACAUCAUUACUGCAUGUCUCAAGUCUGGAGCUUGAGGAUCUGCGAAUGUGAAGCUACUCCUACGGUCGAGUAGUAUUUUUUUUUCCUUUUCGUACGCGUGUGUUCCUUAGCGAGUUGUUCUCGUAUAUUUCUGUAUAUCUUUUGAUACCCAACUUCGGAUCGGGUGUCUCCUCCUUUUUCUUGCCAUUAUUGUUGGAUCAAGCCGUCUAGAUUACAGUAUCAUCUUCAUGUGUAGUUACAAUUGUCUUUUCUGGAAGUCAUUUUAAAAGAACAAAUCAAAUAUGUUUUCAUGAUA